AUGGAAGGUAAAGGAAGAGUGGGAUCAUCAUCGUCGUCUUGUUUAACUUCUCAACUCUUUGGCCCCAAGGAACCUUCUUCCUCCUCCAACUUCAACUCCAUUUUCCCUCCUCCCUCCAAGGAAGAAACAUCCUUAGCUCCAAACAUGGGUCCCAAGGUCAGUGGAAAAGCCGUUCUCUAA